AUGUCGCAGCCAUCUCAAUCUAUCCCCCACCCGAGCCCCGGUAACCAGUUUUACCCCGACAUGCCAGCAAUGAGGGCUCCAGGGUUGGAGUUUGUGUAUCGCCUUGUUGCCAAGAUGCAUCCAACAAAUGGCUACGAUAUCGAAAACAUACAAGGCACAGGUAUCACGAGGUCAAUUGCAGGUAUUGAGUCUGGUACUGUAAAAGGACCAGGUAUAGAGGGAACCCUUGUCGAGAACAGUGGUGCUGAUUGGGCAGAACAAGUUCAUUCCAAGAAGAUUUACUACAAGCUAGAUGCGAGGUACACGAUUAAAACAAAUGACGGGCAUCAUAUCUUUGUACAGGCUCGAGGGCUGUUCCGACCUGGGCCGGGUAUCGAGUUCUCCCAACCAGACUCAAUUGACGUGGAUUACACGCAGGAUGAGGUGGAAUACUUUACUCAUAUCACUUUUGAAGCAGCAGGAAAUAGCCCGUACAAUUGGAUGAAUGGUAUCGUGGCCAUCGGAGCUUUGCAGUCAUUUGGAGGGGCUGCUGUGAUAGAUUGCUGGCGAUUGACCAACUUUCUUGGACAGAAGGUUGAAGAUGUUUACGUAGGCAGAUAA